ACACACACACACACACCGCUGUCUUUACUCGAGCUGUCAGUGUCUCUCUCUCACACACUCACACACACACACCGCGUCCGGGCUGCCGGACACACCGAGCGCGCACGUGCACACGGCUCUCCGCGCUCCCCGCGCUCCCCUCUCUCUUUGACGCCUCGCGCCGCCCGCCAGUCCGUCGGCGCGCGCUCUUCCCACUGCUCCGCGUGCGCACGCGUGCCGCGCGCUGGAAGCCAUGUUAAAGUCGCGCUGAAGUCCGGCCGCGAUUCCGCGCCGCAUGUCCGUUUCGCCCGUUUGUUCGCGCGUCUCUUCGUCUCCCGCGUGCCGUGAGCGUCCGCUUCGGGCUCGGAAAGGCGGGACGGAGCCAUGCAGUCCGGUUUGGACCUGUCCAGGCGCAAUCCGCAGGAGGAUUUCGAGCUCAUCCAGAGGAUAGGAAGCGGCACCUACGGGGAUGUGUACAAGGCGCGGAACGUCAGCACCGGGGAGCUGGCCGCCAUAAAGGUCAUCAAGCUGGAACCCGGGGAGGACUUUGCCGUCGUGCAGCAGGAGAUCAUCAUGAUGAAGGACUGCAAGCACUCGAACAUUGUGGCCUAUUUCGGCAGCUAUCUCAGGAGAGAUAAAUUAUGGAUAUGCAUGGAAUAUUGUGGAGGAGGGUCUCUACAGGAUAUCUACCACGUGACGGGGCCUCUGUCAGAGUCACAGAUAGCCUACGUGUCUCGGGAGACUCUUCAGGGUUUGAACUACCUGCACAGCAAAGGAAAAAUGCACAGAGACAUCAAGGGAGCGAAUAUCUUGUUGACCGACAGCGGCUAUGUGAAGCUGGCUGACUUUGGCGUCUCGGCGCAGAUCACGCUAACGCUAGCCAAGAGGAAGUCCUUCAUCGGCACCCCCUACUGGAUGGCCCCCGAAGUGGCAGCGGUGGAGAGGAAGGGCGGCUACAACCAGCUGUGUGACAUCUGGGCAGUGGGUAUCACGGCCAUCGAGCUGGCAGAGUUGCAGCCGCCCAUGUUCGACCUCCAUCCGAUGAGGGCCUUGUUCCUCAUGACUAAAAGCAACUUCCAGCCUCCAAAACUGAAGGACAAAAUGAAGUGGUCAAACAACUUUCACCACUUUGUGAAACUGGCCUUGACGAAAAAUCCAAAGAAGAGACCAACAGCUGACAAACUCCUGCAGCAUCCCUUCGUCUCGCAGCCCCUCAGUCGGACCCUGGCCAUCGAGCUCCUGGACAAGGCCAACGACCCGGACCACACGGCCUACCCCGACUUUGACGACGACGAGCCGGAGCCCGAGUCUCCCGUGUCAGUUCCUCAUCGCAUUCCAUCCACGAACCGUAGUGCUCGCGAGGGGAAGACGCUCUCCGAGAUCAACUUUGACAAAGUCAAGUUCGACCCCCCGCUGAGGAAGGAGACGGAGCCCCACCACGAGUCGGACACUCCGCUGGACUAUGGGCAUGGACCUCAGGGCCUCCUGGGAGGGAACAAGAGCCUCCUGAAGUCUGUGGAGGAGGAGCUACAGCAGAGGGGACAUGUGGCACAUUUAGAGGAUGAUGAUGAUGGUGAUGAAACGCAACACUCCACCAGCGCCACCAUCAGACGCAAGGUGCCCCCCCCGCUGCCGCCCAAGCCCAAGUCCAUCUGGACACGUCAGGAGAGCCUCUCCAGAGAGGACGACAGCGGCCAGGGCACCAUCAAGCGCUGCCCAGCGUCAGACAGCCCCGCCCGGCCUGUUUCCGGCGUCCCGCCUCGACCACCGCCCCCACGGCUGCCCCUCAACAAGCGCAGUAGCCUAGGCAACGGCAUGCAAGCGAACGGAGAGCGGCGCAGCAGCGUGGGAGAAAGGCAGUCCACACUGCCCCCUACUGUCCCCCUGCGGAAGGACAGGAAGGAAACCCCGAAACCCAUUAGUAAUGGUCUCCCACCGACUCCAAAGGUCCAUAUGGGAGCAUGUUUCUCCAAGGUCUUCAACGGGUGUCCAUUAAAGAUCCACUGCGCCACCUCUUGGAUCAACCCUGACACUAGAGACCAGUAUCUAAUAUUCGGAGCAGAGGAGGGAAUCUACACGCUAAACCUGAAUGAGCUUCAUGAGACCUCUAUGGAACAGCUUGUCCCACGGAGGUGUACCUGGCUCUACGUCAUGAACAGCACCUUGCUCUCCAUAUCCGGGAAAGCGUCCCAGCUCCACUCCCACAACCUGGUGGGCCUCUUCGACCACGCUCGGCACAUGCAGAAGCUGCCGGUCGCCAUCCCUACGCACAGACUUCCUGACAAGAUGAUCCCCAGGAAGUUUGCGGUGUCCAGUAAGAUUCCAGAUACGAAGGGAUGCCACAAGUGCUGUGUAGUGAGGAACCCCUACACUGGCCACAAGUACCUGUGUGGAGCCCUCCAGUCCAGCGUGAUCCUGCUGGAGUGGGUCGAGUCCAUGCAGAAGUUCAUGCUCAUCAAGACCAUCGACUUCCCUUUGCCCUCCCCACUGGAGGUCUUUGAGAUGCUGGUGGUUCCAGAGCAGCAGUACCCGUUGAUCUGCGUUGCCGUCAGCAAGGGCUUUGAGCUCAACCAGGUGGUGCGCUUCGAGACCCUCAACCCCAACUCCACCUCCUCCUGGUUCGCAGAGUCGGACGCUCCGCAGACCUGCGUGAUUCACGUCACCCAGCUGGAGCGGGACACCAUUUUAGUCUGUCUCGAUCGUGAGUUUUUCCACACACCCCCCCCCCUUCCCCCGCUAGUUGCCCCGCCCCCUUUUUUACCUGCCCAUACCAUAGUGUUCUUUAACUUAUCGACGAACAUAACAGCACUGGGUCACUGCAACACAAGGACAGAGAGUGCAGCGAGGAAGUGCAGAUACGUCCACGUGCAUGAGACGAGGGGACAAGAUCAGUGUUUUACAGGAUGCAUUAAGAUCGUGAACUUGCAGGGUAGGUUGAAGUCCAACAGGAAACUGUCAGCGGAGCUCACGUUUAACUUCCAGAUCGAGUCAAUUGUUUGCCUCCAAGACAGUGUGUUGGCCUUCUGGAAGCAUGGGAUGCAGGGGCGGAGCUUCAAGUCAAAUGAGAUCACGCAGGAGAUUUCAGAUAACACUAGGAUUUUCAGACUCCUGGGAUCUGACAGGGUUGUGGUGCUGGAGAGCAGGCCCACUGACAACCCCACAGCACACAGCAACCUGUACAUCCUGGCAGGGCAUGAGAACAGCUACUGACUGCAGUGCAUUAUGGGAACAGAACAGCAGACACCACUGCUGUGGUACCGCACGCAGCGGUGUAAAUGGGUUUGCUUUGGACUUGCCUUCAUUCUUUAUUUUAUUUAUUGUGGCAUAACGGAAGAAUAAAGGACUUCUUAUUCGAAUUCACGAUUUAAAUGUUGCCACCGCUAAUAGCAUCUUAUACUACCACACAAGUGCUUAAUUGACUUAUAUUUAAUUGUUGUAAAUAUAGAUGCAGUAAUCUUGGAGGAAGCUACUUGAUCUGCUUUGAAGUUGUGCACUAAAGGUUGGUGAUGGAGACAUGGGUGCGUACAGGUGUCUGCUCUUUUCAGGUGUAAACGGUUGUUGGGCGAUAGCUGCUGGGUACUGGUUUCUGUCAGAGGUCUUGUCUGGGGAGGUCAGACUAGGAGGCACUUUACAGGAGUAUUAUUUUUCUCUCUUUCUGAGCAGUGCAAGAAGUGCCGAUCCCGAUGAAAUCAGUUUUUCCGUAAUUUAAAUACGAGGUGAAGAUUCUUUGAUACGAUCAUCCUUUACUACUUUGCUUUUUUUUUUUAAAAAAAAAAAUAAAAAUAGUGAAUUUUUAGAUGAUGAAAUGCUGCGUUACACACUGUCAGAAUUUGCACAAUAGGUCAAAGGAUUUUGAAAAAUGUGAUGUUUAUGUAUAUGUCGGUGUGUAUGUUUGUGUGUACACCUUGCACAGGAGUUGCAUUAUGAAUGAACACACACGUCAGUAUACAUACAGUAUUGUUCUCACAAGCUGUGACACUGUUUCAGUAUACAGUAAUUCCAUUACCAACUAAUUCAGUAAUAAAGAUCUGCUUUUUGUUUUAACGGUUCCAAAUAUACAGUAAUUUUAAAUUGUUUAAAUUUUUUUUUUUAAUGUUGUGCUUUUCUAAAAGUAUGGCGAUAAUAUUGGCUUUUAGACUACUCUUUGCAGAACUCAUUCCGUUCUUUGUGUUAGUCUUGGGGUUUUGUAUGGUUUUUUUUUUUUUUUUUUCCUCUUUCUCCUUUUAACCUUGUUUUUCCUCUUUUUUUAUUUUUAAGUGUUAUGCCAAAAUGUAUCCUUUUUAUGGCCAAAUGUAGAUGGGUGUCUCUACCUCGUCCAGUGUAAUCUUAAAUCGUUUUGGGAUGUCUGGAGACAGAUAAAGACUAUUUUCUACUUGACAGUAGCAAGCAACACUAUACAUUCAUCCUGUUAGGUUCUAGUUCUAGGACUGAAAUGGGUGUGGUGGUGGUGAUGAUGAUGAUGAUGAUUGCAAAACUAGAUAUUUCUAUUCUGUAGCAUUAACAUUUUUAAUAUUCCAGCACAUUAUGUAUAUACU